AUGGAACAUAAGCUGGUUAUAGUUUUAUGCUUUUACCUAGCCAUUGGAGCAAAGGCUGGAGCAAAGCAUGGAGAAAAUAUUGCUUCACGUGCCCUAUACGGAAGUGUAAACAAAACCAUUCAGACUGAAGACGGAGAUAUCUUUGUAUGCAUUAAUAUAAAUCAACAGCCGGCAUUUGGUCAUCCGCUGCUCAAAGAUCAUGUAAUACAGAUGAAACCAAGCUCUUUUCUACCAGGACUAAAUAUAAGAUCGCCACCACAAGUUGCGGGAAUCAAGUCAACAUUAUCUGUAAUAUAUGGCAUACGAGUUGAAAUAAAUGUCUACCAGCCAGAAGUGAAAGGUGCAAACGAUGAUGAGCGCAGUGUAUCAUUGAUAAUGAUUGGACAUGAAGCCGAAGGAAUAGGUGCUGGUGCCUAUGUGUACCCAAGAUUAAGUGGUGACAAUUUCGCUAGGUUCCACAUAUAUUGGGACGACACUAAGCACCAGAGAAGUUGCUAUGAUCUCCGCUGUCCUGGAUUUGUGCAAGUUAGCCAAAGUAUUGGUCUUGGGGGAAGACUGCAACCAAUUUCCGUAUAUGAUGGACCACAAUAUUCAAUUCAUAUUCAAGUGUCUAAGGAUCCAGCGACCGGACACUGGUGGUUAGCAUUCGGCCCCGAUAACACAAUGAUUGGAUACUGGCCAACCGAGCUGUUCAGGAGCAUGAAAGACAAAGCUACCAUUCAGUACGCAGGCGGCCUUGUUCGGAAAUCAGCAGCAGGGGCCCUGCCACAGAUGGGCAGCGGGCAUUUUGCCUCGGAAGGAUUUGGAAAAGCAGCCUUUGUGAGGAACCUCCGAGUUUUCAAUGAGCUCUAUCAGCUGGUCACUCCGGACACUCGGGCUACCUUUGCCAAGAGCACGAGAGAGGAUUGUUACUCUGUCAGUCGGUAUGGUCAGGAUGCAGCUGGCAUGUAUGUGUAUUACGGCGGACCAGGUUGUAACAAAUGAUCGGCUGUAACUAACGUUGAAAAGAUAUUGGCUUCAAAUAAAAGGCAAUCGUAA